CAUGAACUCCGGCUUUCUCUGGUGUGACGGCUCUCUCCGAUCCCUUUGUGAGCGCAGGUUUUGAAAGCCAACGACCGGGUUCUGGGUUUGAGACGCGCAGGCGGCCGCGGGCGGAAGGCUGUCGGAGCCCAUCGGCCCGCCUCCAGACCCAGCGCGCCGCGCGGGCCGCGCGCCCCGGAUUCCGCUCCGCCGCCUCCACCGCCGCCGCCGCCGCCGCCGCCCGCCGCGGCCUGGCCCGAGGGCGCCGGGCCGCCAAGACGCCAGGUCCAGCAGCUGGACAUGGAGGACGAUCGCUCGCCACCUCUGUCCUUCUCCAACGUUGCACAGGAAGAGCCUGUACGUCAGUCCCCUGCUCGACUCUCUAGAGAAACUGUGUUCCCUUCUUGCAUUCUUCCCCACAAAGAGAUUCCUCCUCUGUCUCCCACUGCCCCCCGGCAGGGUACCCUGCCCCAGACUGACAGUACUCCUAAGCAAGAUACACCUGGCCAGAUGUCACAUGUUCUCCAGAAAGGACCUUCACUCCUGUAUCCUGCCACUUCUGAGCAAGACACACCUCACCAGGUAUCCCUGGCUUCCCAGGAAGAAACCCAGUACCCUCCUUCAGCAGCAGGUCAGGGGAUCCCCUUCCUCUCCCACUCCGCCCACCAUCAGGAAGCUCCACUCCACUCUCCUGAAGUUCCUGAGAAAGACUCGCUGACGCUGUCACCCACAGUACCCGAGACCGACAUGGACCCCUUGCUCCAGAGUCCCACUUUGCAAAAGGACACUCCCUUCCAUGCCUCCCCUGCAGCCCAGAAGGAACAGCCGCUGCCCACCGCAGAGAUCACUCGCUUGGCCGUGUGGGCGGCUGUCCAAGCAGUGGAGAGGAAACUGGAGGCCCAGGCCAUGCGACUACUGACUCUGGAGGGCAGGACAGGGACAAAUGAGAAGAAGAUAGCAGACUGUGAGAGAACAGCUGUGGAGUUUGCAAAUCAUCUGGAGAGCAAGUGGGUUGUACUGGGGACCUUACUGCAGGAGUAUGGGCUACUGCAGCGGCGCCUGGAGAACAUGGAGAAUCUGCUCAAAAACAGAAAUUUCUGGAUCCUGAGGCUACCCCCAGGCAGCAAUGGAGAAGUUCCCAAGGUUCCUGUCACAUUUGAUGAUGUUGCCGUCCAUUUCUCUGAGCAGGAAUGGGGAAAUCUCUCUGAGUGGCAGAAGGAGCUCUACAAGAAUGUAAUGAGGGGCAACUAUGAGUCUCUGGUCUCUAUGGACUAUGCAAUUUCCAAACCAGACCUCAUGUCACAGAUGGAGCGUGGAGAGAGGCCAGCCAUGCAGGAGCAAGAGGACUCUGAGGAGGGUGAGACACCCACAGAUCCCAGUGCUGCACAUGAUGGCAUCGUGAUUAAGAUCGAGGUGCAGACCAAUGAUGAGGGCUCAGAAGGUCUGGAGACACCAGAGCCACUGAUGGGACAAGUGGAGGAGCACGGCUUUCAGGACUCAGAGCUGGGUGACCCCUGUGGAGAGCAGCCAGACCUGGACAUGCAGGAGCAGGAGAACGUGCUCGAGGAGUCCACUGAGGGCUCCAGUGAGUUCAGUGAGCUCAAGCAGAUGCUGGUGCAGCAGAGAAACUGCACGGAGGGAAUCGUGAUAAAGACAGAGGAGCAGGAGGAGGAUGAGGAAGAGGAAGAGGAGGACGAGCUGCCACAGCACUUGCAAUCCCUUGGACAGCUGUCCGGGAGAUACGAGGCCAGUAUGUACCAGACUCCGUUGCCUGGGGAGAUGUCCCCCGAGGGUGAGGAAAGCCCUCCACCCCUGCAGUUGGGCAACCCAGCAGUGAAGAGGCUGGCGCCCAGCAUUCAUGGGCAUACGCAUGGGCACGGGCACAGUGAGCGGCACCUGGGGGAGAACCGUGGGAACUCUAGCCAGCAGCAGCGGAACCGGCGUGGUGAGCGGCCCUUCACUUGCAUGGAGUGUGGCAAAAGCUUUCGGCUGAAGAUUAACCUCAUCAUCCACCAGCGUAACCACAUCAAGGAGGGGCCCUACGAGUGUGCCGAGUGUGAGAUCAGCUUCCGCCACAAGCAGCAACUCACGCUGCACCAGCGCAUCCACCGGGUACGCAGCGGCUAUGCCUCCCCCGAGCGCGGGUCAGCCUUCAAUCCCAAGCACUCGCUCAAACCGCGUCCCAAAUCACCCAGCUCAGGCAGUGGUGGUGGCCCCAAGCCCUACAAGUGCCCUGAGUGUGACAGCAGCUUCAGCCACAAGUCAAGCCUGACCAAGCACCAGAUCACACACACGGGUGAGAGGCCCUAUACGUGCCCAGAAUGCAAGAAGAGCUUUCGCUUGCAUAUCAGCCUGGUGAUCCACCAGCGCGUGCAUGCAGGCAAGCAUGAAGUCUCCUUCAUUUGCAGCCUGUGUGGCAAGAGCUUCAGCCGCCCGUCGCAUCUGCUGCGCCACCAGCGGACUCAUACUGGUGAACGGCCCUUUAAGUGCCCGGAGUGCGAGAAGAGCUUCAGUGAGAAGUCUAAGCUCACCAACCACUGCCGCGUACACUCACGCGAGCGGCCGCACGCCUGCCCUGAGUGCGGCAAGAGCUUCAUCCGCAAGCACCACCUGCUAGAGCACCGGCGCAUCCACACGGGUGAACGGCCCUACCACUGCGCCGAGUGUGGCAAGCGCUUCACGCAGAAGCACCACCUGCUGGAGCACCAGCGAGCACACACAGGCGAGCGGCCCUACCCCUGCACGCACUGCGCCAAGUGCUUCCGCUACAAACAGUCGCUCAAGUACCACCUGCGGACCCACACGGGCGAGUGAGCAUGUGCCCCGCCCCUGCCCCGGCCAGAUGUGCAGCCAGGUGCAAGGGUCUAAGGCCCCUGGGACAGGUACCUCGGCUGCCCCCAGACUGAGCUCAGUGGGCGGGAGCGGGGCGCCCCAAGCCCUUCUGCUGUGAACCCUCCUCCCCUCCCAUCCCUUCUUCCCCAGGACGGGGUAGUGAGACCAGGUCGCUUGUUGCCUGCUUCCCCAGGGCCCCAGGGGGGAGUGCUUGGGCCUGGGGAACCCCUUCAGGCUGUUAAUUUCCUUGACAAUAAAAUGGAUGAAAACAAUCUGCACGGGGGCAGUGAUUUGGCUGCCAGCCACUCGCAGGCGCGAUGCAGGGCCAUUUAGUCGGGGAUAGAACUUUCUAAUUACCUUUUGGAUACUGUGGUUCUAUUUGAUAAUAAUAGAGUAAUUUUUAAAAGA